AUGAACACACGUAAUGCAAUAUGCACCUACCUAGAGGCUGCUCCUAGGAGGUGUGUACCGAAUUGGACUCUCUCCCUUUCUCCUCUCACACAACAUUAAACACACCACUAUUACCUCUGUUCUGCCUGCCCACAGAAAUAUAACCACAGGAUAAAGCAUCACUAUUGCUUUGUGCCUUGCUGUAUAUAUUGUUCAGUCAGCUCCCCGCUCUAAAAUCCAAUCCCCUUGGCUGUGCAGGUAUCUCUUCACUCUCUCCCCUGGCUCCGAGGACCAAUAACUGAUCAAAUACCUUUUCUUAGUUCCUCUCCAGUUCCUCCUUUAACACCCUGAUACGCUGAUGUUCCUGAUCUACCACUUCACUGAACCCUAACCAUGACAUUUCCCCUCCUCCCCUGAGAGGGGGUCCCUCCCUCCCUCCCUCCCUCCCUCCCUCCCUCCCUCCCUACCUCCCUCUACCACAGCUAUGUGUCUCAUGAUCUUUCUCUCCUUCUCUUCUCUCUCUAAAUAUAUCCAUCCAUGUGUACCUACCUCCCCCACCCCCCACCCUCUACCCCUUCCCCUGUUGGUGCCUGUGCGUGUACACAGUCAUGUCGGAUAAAGUUAGCCAUGCCCAGACAAUCCAAUCUGACAUGCCUUUACAUAACAAUUCAAUCUGCAGCACUCUGCCUGCCUCCCCCUCAACAAACACACACACAAACACACACAGAGCGCAAAACUCCAAGGUGCUUUAUUGGCAUAAUGUGUAACAUCACGAGAAAUCAAAUAUGUGAUAUAUAAUACAAGACUUAGCCUCCAUCUCCUAUUUAUCACUGUUAUAUCCUGUAUAUAUGUAUCAUUGGUCUCUCAAUGUCAACAUGGCUAAGUAAGCACAGAGAUCAAACAUGACGUUAUUCCGUUGCACACCUUCACUUCUCAUGCCUGCUGAUUUAUCUGUUGUCUGUCAAUAAAGCUUAACAUGGAAAUGUCACAUGAGGAAAGGCUGGGCCUCAGCCCCAAGAGUGUGCCGAGCAUUAAGAAGCACUGGAUUCAUUAAACCGUCUGCGUAAAUCUUGAUCUCAGGGCAGUUUGCAGACUGAGUGGGAGGAGAGAAAGGGAGAGAUGGAGAAAGAGAGAGGGGGUGGGAAGACAGAGGGUGCAGAGGAGGGAGAGAGAUAGGAAGGGAGAUGGAGAGGGGGAGAGGAGAGAGAGAGAAAGAAAGGGAGAGGGUGGAUGGGAGUUUAAAAAAGGAAAAAAGGGGUGGUAGAUGAAAGAAAGAUAAGGAGCGGGUGGAAUUGGGUUGACAUGGAGGAGAAUGAGAGGAGGGUAAUGGUCCUGCAACGAGUGGAACUUGGGAAAUCUGUCAGGGUGAAGGGUGAAAGGAAAACACUCUUCAUUUUACAUUUUAGUCAUUUAGCAGACGCUCUUAUCCAGAGCGCUUUCUUGGAGAAAGGGAAGAUUGAGGAGAGAGAGAGAAAAAUUGAGUUUGGAAGAGGAGAAGGAGAAAUGGGGAGGAUGACUAUCAAGGUUAAGAAAUAGUGUUGAUAAGAUUUUGACCAUAAAGAGGAAGAAAAUACAGCUGUAUUAUAGACACCACUGAGUUACAGUAUUUCAAGGUUGCAAUGAUCGUGUUUCAUUCAUAAAGGCGCGUCCACAUUUAGCACGAUAAUAUAUAAUAAUUAUAAUAACAAUAAGUGUCAUUUAGCAGACACUUCUAUCCAAAUUGACUUAUGCAUUAUUUACAUAUGAGUGGUCCCGGGAAUCGAACCCACUAUCCUGGAGUUGCAAGUGCCAUGCUUGACUAUCUGAUCUAUAGCACAAUAACUAAUACAACAAACAUCAUUAUAAUUCAAGCGAAUGACUGUCUGUCCUCCCACUACAUUGUUUCAAUGUUGCGAUGAUCAUUAAUCAUUUACACUGAACAAAAAAUAUAAAUAACAUGCAAUUUCAAAUAUUUUACUGCGUUACAGUUCAUAUAAGGAAAUCAGUCAAUUGAAAUAAAUAAAUUAGGCCCUAAUAUAUAGAUUUCACAUGGCUGGGAAUACAGAUAUGCAUCUGUUGGUCACAGAUACCUUAACAAUAAGGUAGGGGCGUGGAUCAGAAAACCAGUCAAUAUCUGGUGUGACCACCAUUUGCCUCAUGCAGCGCGACACAUCUCCUUAACAUAGAGUUGGUCAGGCUGUUGAUUGCAAUUGGCAUGCUGACUGCAGGAGGGUCCACCAGAGCUGUUGCCAGAGAAUUUUAUUGAACAACGUUGACAUCAGCAAACCGCUCGCCCACACGACGCCAUGCACGCUGUCUGCCAUCUGCCCGGUACAGUUGAAACCGGGAUUCAUCCAUGAAGAGCACACUUCUCCAGCGUGCCAGUGGCCAUCGAAGGUGAACAUUUGCCCACUGAAGUCGGUUAUGACACCGAACUGCAGUUAGGUCAAGUCCCUGGUGAGGACGACGAGCACGCAGAUGAGCUUCCCUGAGGCGGUUUCUGACAGUUUGUGCAGAAAUCCUUCGGUUGUGCAAACCCACAGUUUCAUCAGCUGUCUGGGUGGCUGGUCUCUGACGAUCCCGCAGGUGAAGAAGCCGGAUGUGGAAGUCCUGGUCUGCGGUUGUGAGGCCAGUUGGACGUACUGCCAAAUUCUCUAAAACUACGUUGGAGGCGGCUUAUGGUAGAGGAUUGAACAUUCAAUUCUCUGGCAACAGCUCUGGUGGACAUUCCUGCAGUCAGCAUGCUAAUUAACGCUCCCUCAAAACUGCACAUUGUAGAGUGGCCUUUUAUUGUCAGCCAGCAUUAGAUGCACCUGUGUAAUGAUCAUGCUGUUUAAUCAGCUUCUUGAUAUGCCACACCUGUCAGGUGAAUGGAUUAUCUUGGCAAAGGAGAAAUGCUCACUAACAGGGAUGUAAACAAAUUUGUGUACAACAUUUGAGAGAAUGAAACUUUUGGUGCGUUUGGAAAAUUUCCUGGAUCUUUCAUUUCAGCUCAUGAAACAUGGGACCAACACUUUUCAUGUUGCAUUUAUAUUUUUGUUACAUCUAGCACGAUAACUAUAAUAACAAAAUAAUUAUAAUUCAAGUGAAUGACUGUGUCCCCACUACAGUGUGUUUCAAAGCAGCAACGAGGAUGUAUCAUCAUUAGCAAGUCUGAUACACGCUCCUCAGUGAGUCACAUUUAAGCAGAUCAUCGGUACACAGAUCCACACUGCAGCGAUAACAUGGAAGUAAAAAAUGAUGAAAUCCUGUGGUUUCCACAUCCACUAACUAAUACACAUCUGUGCAGGAGCCCACGGUUCCUUCCCCAUCCCCUCCCUGGGCCCGUCGAGCGUGACUGUAAUUAUAAUUAAUCCUAAUAAUCAUGUUUUUAAAAGGUUGACGGCUGUGACAAAGAUGUUCCUCCUUUAAAAAAGAAACAAGAUACAAACAAAGUGAACGUAAAUAACAGUGAUGGCCCCUGGGGUCCCUAUUCCCUAAAUAACCUCUGAGCUGUGAGGCAACACUAAUUGUCUCUGGCUCCACAGAGAGACUGUCAGACCACAGGCCUGCCUCUUGUCACAAAGCAUCUUGUUACGGCAGGACACUUGUCGAUCACUGAAAGUAUAUGUCUGUAUAUCUAUUAUUUUUGCUCUUCUCUCUAUCUGUCUUGUUCUGUUUCUCUCUAUCACACACUCUCUCUGUCGAUGCUCCCUCAUUCUGUCUUGCUCUCCUUUCCAUUACUUCUCUUAAACACAUGUCAUUUCCCCGUCUCUCUGUUGACCCUGCUCUUAUGAAUUUUUAACAACUGGCUACCUUAUUAUAAACUUCAUUCUUAUGAGGUGCAUCUCAUUAUCUUCCACAGGAAAUGUGAUGACAACAAUAUGAAGACUAAUUCUCUCUCUCUCUCUCUCUCUCUGGUCACCUCAGGAACCUGGGCUAUUCUGUUAUCCUGCACAAUGAGUGGAAGAUGAGUCACUGAGAAGAGGUACUGGAAGAGAGAGAGAGAGAGAGAGAAAAGGAGAGAACGUGAGCGACGAAGAUAGACCAUUAUGGGGAGUCACACAGUGCUGUUCCACAUCUUACCAAUCCAUUCUUCUUCCAGCCCCGUGGGACAAUGCUAAGCGGGCUGGAAGGGCCAGCCUGUAGAUUAGGUGAUGGGAAGGAUGGACAAUGUGUAUUCAGAGGAGCUGUGUCUAUUCUCCGGUAGAUACCAUGCCCCCGUCACAAUUCCAUCUCCUGGGAUAUUAUUAGAGGUACGUUGGAGCUGAGUGCAUCCAGGAGUCAUGCAACAUAAUGCCCUGUUCUCACGCUCACCUCUCUCUUCUGGGUCUUCUGACUUAUUUAAUGUGAAAUACAUGUCCUCUUUUAGAUGUAGAUUUUGUAUGAGGGAGAUCUGAGCCACACUUUAAGUUGGCACUUGCUCCCAUGUUUAAUGUGCUGACAUUAUUAUACUUUAACUGCUCAUUAUAAGGAAAUCAGGAAGCUGAGUGGACUAUAUUAUAAAUAAAUUAAGUUCUGUGGACUAUGAGAAUCUGGUUCACCCUGAAGACUUACUUUAUGACGUUAAAGCUCAGGAUACUGUUCUCUCUAUCCGUAGUCUGAGCAAAGUACAGACCUUUUGGCUUUGGUGACAUUUCUCAGGAAGUCAGAUAGCCAGAGAAACAUACACACACACUUGAGAAAGGACCAGUCCCUUGGAGUGCUGCAGAAGGGGGAUGGCAGGACGGACGGCACUGCAGUGUGACAUUUAUCUCGAAUCAUCUCCAUGAUCACUCAAACCAACAAGCUACAGCUGUCUCCCCAGAUCUGCUUGGUGAUGGAAUACAAUACAUGUAUCCCAUUGUCAUAGAGAAUAAACUAAUAGUCAACAGACAAAUUGCAUUGAGAUAGAAUAGAAUUACUCCCUACUCUCUGACAGAAGAUUUUAUCACAUCAAACGGCCUGCAGGGACUGUGGAUGUCGGGGGGAAGAACAAGACGCCACAGGAGACAUGGUGAGCAUAGAGCCGAAUCACUUGCUCACUGGCCAACACACCAACAGCAAGACCGCCGACAAGCUGCCUGGCGCCAUGACCGUGCGCUCCGUGCUGCUCAACCGCGACUCACCAGACAUCGAGAGCCGCCUCAAGCGCCGCCGCAACCGCACCCACCAGGUCCGCUUCAAAGACCUGGAGGAUGGUGUAGGCGACGGGACCACUGGCGCUGGAGCUGGAACGAAGGGCCACCAGAGGAUUGCUGCUGAGUGUAACAGCCCCCACCCCCUCCGGAAGAACACACCCACGAGCCCCAUGGCCCCCCAGGGAUGGCUAACAGAGAGGUCAGUGGGGGGCAAGGUGUCCUCCAACCAGGCCUCGGUAGUGGGGGCUGUCAGAGGGGACAUGGCAGACACUAUUGAGGUAGUGGCAGCGUUUUUGGCUCGGGCGCCCCCUCACCCGCUCACCCCGGGGCCCACGCGCCGCUGCUGGGCACCACCACCAUCACCCCCACGGCCUUGCUCCCUCACACUACCCCUCUCCCGGAGGCAGUGCGCUAGCAUGGCCAUCCAGACCUCCUCCUGCCUCCAGAAGCCCAAGCUUCCGGCGCACUCAGCCAUCAGCACGCGCAGCCGAAAUGUGGGGGACUCGGUGUGGGUGAAUGGGGAUGACGAACAGGACAAUAAACAGGAUGAGUACUACACUACCCACAACCAUGUUUCAGAACCUGCAUCUAUAGAUGGAAAUGGCCCUGGGUCUAAGGCUAAACAGGGAUUGGUGGACCAACCCCGGUGCCUCAGGACUAGCGAGGCUAACGAUGAGGCUAACGCUAGCUCCCCUGCUGUUGGAAAUCACAUGGACUCUUCCAGGCAUGACUCUUCUUCUUCCCCUCCCCCAGUUCGGCUUCGGCACACUGCAGAGCCUUGCUACUGCGAUUCUGUGACCUGUGGGAGGGAGGGAUCUAAACGCCAGGGGAGUGCAACUCCGUCCCAAGUGAGGAGGAGAAGGCGCAUGAACCGUGGUAUCAGUGACCCAGGGAGGGAGGUGUCCUACUGUACCACUCCCACACAGACAGACAGUCCCUGUGUCUCCCCUCCUAACACCCCACCUCCCUCAACUGUGCAGCCCUGCACCUCCCCACCUCCCUCGACUGUGGAACCCUCCUCCCUCCAAACUCAGACUGUGCCUCUAUAUGCUUCCUUACCUAAAACUGUGCCAACCUCCACCCAUCCACAUUGUGAAACACCACCACUGGUGGUUCUGCCUUGCGCCCCCCCACCCCUGUCCAUCUGUACAUAUCCCCCGAAAAAAUCUGUGCUUCCUCCAACUGUGCUUCCAUCUAAAGCUCAAACCACUCCACCUCUCACUACACAAACUGAAACUGUCCCACCCUGUACCUCCCUGAUUCAAAUCAAACUAACAUGCACCACCACAACUACAACCACAGCCUCAAUUCCAAAUUGUCCCACCCCACCACCAACUCCAACGAUAGCCCCCUAUACAGCCCCUAAUUGCCAUGACCCAAAACCAACUCCUGUUCUAGCCCCCUACACUGCCCCAACUUGCCCCAAUCCAACACCAACUACAACUCUAGCCCCCUCCACUGCCCCAACUUUCCCCACCCCAAAUCCAACUCUAGCCCCCUACACAGCCCCAACUUGCCCCACCCCAACACCAACUCCAAAUAUAGCCCCCUGCACCAUCCUAACACAAACUCCCCCACCCUGCUCUUCCUUAAAUCAACCUAUAUCUCCACCUCCAAAUGUGACAUCAUGCCACCCCCCAGCCCAAACUGCCCCUCCCUACAUCUCCUUAAUUCAGACCAUACCACCUGGGAACCCCCCAUGUCAGACCGUACCACCCUGCUCCUCCCAACCUCCAGUAGUACCUUCCUACUCCGCCCACAUUCAACUAAAAUACUGCUCCUCUCCCUCUCCCAUUGUAAAAAGCUGCAACUCCCCGCCUCCAAUGGUAAAAUCCUACCAUACACUUCCCAUCUUGUGCAACUCCAACGAAAACUGUGCCCCUCUACGCUUCCACGUUUCGGCCUGCGCCCCCCUACACCCCCCCACCUCAGGCCCAACACUGCAGCACUCAGGACAGUAGGGUGAUAGAGUGGGAGUGUAGGGGGGAGAGGAGGAUACUUCCACCACCACCCCCGCCCCCUCCCCCAUACACCCCACGCAAAGAGGGGGUGAGUUGCACCCCAGGCUUGGCCCGCCAGUCGUCCCUGCUCAGGCGGGCGGGUGAGAAGGAGAGGUCAGGAAGAUCAGGGUCACCCCUGCCCUGUCCUCAAGCCAGCUGUCUGAAACACAGAGCUCAAACACCCUUGGCGGUCCCUCUGAAAGGGAACCAGGGGGACCAGGGCUCCUCGCCCACCAAGGCCAUCUCCAGACCCACCUGCCUGGGCCAGGCUCAGGCUCAGCUAGGGGCUCAGCUUGGGGCCCUCCAUAAAAUUCUCUGCUCUGGGACCAACACCCCCAACAGCCAGCAAGCUCUCCCCCCCGGCCAGUGCCUGUCCGGGGACCGUGGCUGCUCUGGCUCUGGAGGGGGCCCCAUGGCCGGGCCCCUGACCUCCACCCAGGCCGACACCCUGAAGCAGGUGCAGGAGAUCCUGGGGGGGCUGGUGUCGGGCGCCAGGAGUAAACUGGAUCCGACCUGGGUGGCAGAGAAACUGAUGGGCCCCAACGGUCCCCUGCACGACAUCCGGAGCCUGCAGACCCAGCUGCACAGCAUGGAGGGGGUCCUGGAGACCAGCCAGAACACUAUCAAGGUCCUGCUGGACGUCAUACAGGACCUGGAGAAGAAGGAGGCAGAGAGAGACGGGUGA